CCUGAUUUUUCAUCAGAUUCCCACCUCCCUAUCUUGAUCUCAUUUUCACGAUGGAUAACCAAGGCGACCUGCCGAGAGGGAAGAAGCCUGGUUCUCGAGUUGCAGCUCUGCGGCUCGAUACUCAUCAGGCUGGCCCUCCUAGUGGUGAUGAAGUGGGCUCUGGUGACAAUUUGCCCGCGGCUGCUGUGUCUCUGGUCGAACUCGACCAGUCUAGCCCCUCAUAUCAACACAGCAACGCGUUUUUUAUGAUGAGGGCCCGCGGCGAGGGCUUGAGCGGACUGCCCCGCAAGAGUUCCGGGACUUUGAACCCUACAAGUCCCCUGGAACAGCCCACUCCUUGCAUGACCAGAAAGCGAUCUGGUCUUGACUACGACGGGGAACUGGCACUGCCCAUGCCUAAGCCGCAUAUCCGGGGUGAGAAUGCCAAUGACGAGAACUCGGCGAAGGGUGCAGAACUUCCCCGGCCCAGCUCUCAUCCCCGCCUGCUGAAGAAGCGUUCGGUGCCUGACGCAGCAUGUGCUCGGGCAACUCCCGAACUGACUACAUCGGCAGACGGGAAGAAAAUGACCCGCCUUGAAGCUAUCAAGUCAAAGUUUAGCUUCAAGGACCUUCGUAGGGAAGCUACCAAGGGUGAUAACACAGCUACCACCUUUCCUCCCAUGCCUUCCAUCGAGAAGGUAACUAUUCCCCCGCGUUCCACCACCAGCAGUGGUACUACAGGCUUGACACCCAGUGUCUACACCCCUACGCCUGGGCAGAAUAUCAAAGUCUCUGCCCCUCCUCUCACACCUCCUGUGUCCCUGUCACAGCACAACUCAGCCCCAAGCAGGAUCCCGCUUGCUCCUUCGGGAACGUACACUCACGCGCAAGGAUCUAUGACUGCUCGGAGAUUUCUGGCUGGUCAACGAGUUGAUAGCUGGGGACAGGGGACGACCAUUGCUGAACGUGUGGAAACCAAGGUAGUCCCGACCACUGCCGCCAAGGGGAGUAUACCUGAUCUCCGUGAAAGGCCUAAGCUCAACUCUCUGGAGAGUCGCUCUGUGCCUGACGCCAAAACGCGGUCACCACUGGCACCAGCAUUUCCUGCAUCCAACUAUGCCCCUACUGGAGGCUCGCCCCCAAAACUGAGUGAUCUCACAGAGGGCUCAGGAAAGGUCAAGUACCUGCCCCGGGGCUGGCUGGAAAGCUCAUCUUCUUCAACCCCUUCGCCAACUGCCAGGUACAUGCGUCCAGCCCAGGCUCCAUAUCAAGAGGUCACAACACCAACCUCGGAUCCGCUGCCCAACUUCAUGCUCGGGUUUGAGGAGCGUCUCGAAACGAUCAACCUGUCGCUUGACAAGCCAACACCACCGGAGAUGAAAGACCUCGACACGGCUACGCACACGGAGGUUGUUGACAUGAUUCUGGCCAUCCAGCAGAAAGCUGACACAGGGAUAAGCAGUCUGGCUCGAGAACUGAAAGAACUGUCACAGUGGAUCAAAGAUCAGCUCAAACCCCAAGUAACCAGCGUUAGAGACCUUCAACGCACCAAUGCUCAGCUUGAUUCCCGCCAGAAGGAGAUUUCUCAAAAUAUGAGAAAAUUGAAGCUGGAUCUCGAAGUCAAGAUGGGAGUGAUGGACCAACGCUUGGGUAUCAUCGAAAGCAGACUAGGGCAGGGAACUGAGCAGCGCUUCACCCCUGUCGAGAGUAAACAUGAGCAGGAAACUGAUCAGUACGCCAGCAUCGUCGACAACACACGUUGGGAGGAUUUGAAUUCUGAGCUUCACAAAAUCGCUCUUUCUAUGCAAGAUCUGACCCAGCGAACAGAAGAUGCCAUUGAAAGGUGGACUGCCAACUCUGACAAAGCUGCUAAAUUGAUGAAAAAUCAGGAUGCGCAUAUCCUCAAGAUGGAGAAAGAAAUCGCGGAACUCGUCAAGAAGCAGGCAAACCAAGCCAAGUCACUCCCUCCCCCCAGUCCUGCUCAGCGAUUCGUUAGUCAAUCCACCACUGCAAGUACGGAGCCGUUGAUCAAACAGCCAGAAUUCCCGCUCCCGCCUAUUCGCGUCUCUCCUCUGCCACGUUCAGUGACAGCCAUCCCGUCCCGCCAACGAGGAAUGCCCCCUGCAAAAAACGAGACCGGCUCGUUUAUCACACGCAGCAUUUCUAUGAAGAAGAGUCUUGCCAAGGUUGCAUCUAACAGUCCAGAAUCUCAGAGCAAAAUUCGCGAGAGAGUUGGCAGUGCCGAGCAUUCAAAGAGUAAGGUUGCAGGCAGCGAAGAAACAAAGAAGCGGAACAUUUUCGGCUUUCGUCGACGUGACACAAAGAGCGAGGACCCAGACAACGGCUCGAGCAAGCUCUCUUGGCUUCCCCGUCGCUCCAGGGACGGAAGGCCCUCGGACAAUGCCAGUUCGCGUUCGGUCACUCCCCCUCCACCGAUUCCUCGCAAUGUCCUUCAGAAUAUUGAGAAUAACAUCCAAGCAGCAAGCCAAAUCCAUCCUGCAUUCCGCAACAAGGUCCAGCAAUCUGUCAUGCAUGAUGAGUCCCUGGGUAUUCCGUCUACUCCAUUGACCGCAAUCAUGCCUGCACGGAUGGGCAAUCGGCGUUCUCGCCCCGAUAGUCAGCAUAUGGGUGCCAUCAGUGCAUCCGUUGCUCCCAGCCUGGCGUCCUCUUACGACCUUCGGGCAGCAAGCGGGGAGUUGCUUUCUCCCGAGCGUUACAGAUUUAACCAAGACCCCUUCACGCAGGUUCCGAAAGCACCGAUUUCCAUCCGUUCAAUUGAAGACAUGCGCCGGCCCCUUCUCAAUCGAGCGGACGAUGAGAACCACGACUGGGAUCAGUGUUCCUUGAAUCAGGCCAAGUCUACCGCGUCUCUGCGGUAG